AUGUACUUUGAAAAUAAAAAGAAGUCUGGUGGGGGGCCCAUAGAGUCCUGUGUCAAAACAGAUCAGCAAAUUAUCAUCACCUUUCAGGAUGAGGAAGAUGCCCAAGAAGUUUUGCAAAGGGAGCAUCACUCCUUGAAGAAAAUCGAUCUGUUAGUGAAGCCAUGGCAAGCGGAGACGCUCCAGAAGCUGUGCCAAGUGGAGGACUCUGAGGGAUCCCUGCCGUCCCCUAUGGUGGUGCUUGAGAAUCUGCAGGAGACAAUGAAAAAUUGCAUGUUAAUUAUGCUGGUAGAGAACAUCAGUGGCUUGUCAGAGGAUGAUGGUGACUUCACUGUGGAAAUGAUACCAGAAAUACGUGCUGCUGUAGUUACUUUUAGCGGAAAUACUGAUGCAAGGGAAUUUGCUGAAAAGCUUAAUCAACACCGCAGAGCAAAGCAACAAAAUAUUACUGCGCGGUGCCUUGAGCUCACAAAAAGUGUUAGGGUGGAAAAUAUCACCCCUGACAUACCCAGUGACUAUAUAGCCAUCUACUUUGAAAGUAAGAAGAAUGGAGGUGCGCAGGUGGUGGACGUUCAGCAGCUGCCUGAUGAAGAUGCUGCUAUCAUUACAUUCCAUGACCAUAAAGAUGUAACCAAUGUCUUGGCAAAGCAGCAUUCACUCAACAAAACACCGAUCUCUGUCUAUCCUUACUACGUCUCUCUGGGAAUAGCUCUGUAUGGAAAGGAAGGGCCACAAUUAAAGCAGCCAGAUCCAAUCACAGUGCCUCUGGAUAAGUAUAUCUGGUAUUACUUGCAGAAAAAUAAUAGGCUAAUUGAGGCAAUAAAUUGUGAAAUGGCCAAGGUUAAUUGUGUGCUAACGUGGCCUGAACCCAGCUGUGCAGACCCCAAAGUUACUUUACAUCCUUCAGCUACUUUGUCUGAGCAGAAGAGAUUAAUAUCUAGACUGAUCAAGACAUGGAAUGAAAACGUUUCCACAACAUUUUCACAAAACAUAUCAAAGUACAAAGCAGUUAAAAGUCAAGUAAAAGCAGAGGUGUGGGAAGCCAUUGCAAACAGCUUUACUCACGAUGAAGUUUUGAUAUUGCCAUAUAUUUCCCGACAUAUACUUGUUCUAGUAGGUGAAAAAGAAGUUGUGGAUAAGGUUGAACAAAAUCUGAAAGCUCUGGUAGAAGAGGCCACCAGAGAAAUUGAAAGAGAAAAGCAAAGAACUGAAGAAAUGGUCGUAGCGGAUCUAGGGGAAUAUGCAAUUUUACAGAGUAGUGGUCUUGAAGAAAAAGUGCGUAUGGAGUUCCCAGCACUGCAGAUAACUUAUGAUAGUUUGCAGAAGAUAAUUAACCUAUGUGGAGUGCGUGAGGAAGUUUAUAAAGUAAAAGGGGAAAUACUAGAUAAUAUACGCAAAAUGGCAAAGAAAACAAUUAACAUCCACCCUUAUAUCUUCGAGUUUUUAGAGCAUAUUGAUAAUGAAACCCUGUCACAGAGCCUCUUUAUGUCAAAACAAAUUAAUGCCUUUUAUGAGCUUGGCAAAGAAGAUAUCAUCUUGCAAGGGAGCAAUCCUGAAGAUCUCCUGAGAGCAGAACAAGAAAUAAAGAAGGAGCUGGACCACAAAAGCAUUACUCUGGAGGAUAAGUCAGUUCUCCAGAAGAAGGAAUGGAGGAUUCUCACCAAGCAGAACUGCUCUAAUGAAGCCAUAAUAGUCACUCAGGUAGAAAGUGAGGUCAUCAUUGCUGGUUGUUCUCAAGCAGUAGCAAGAGCUUAUGAAGAACUUUUUAACUUUAUAGAUGAAAACACGCAAAUACAAAAGGUGAUUGGAGGAAAGCCUGCAGUGGUCAUAAUCUUUUUUGAAAAAGAGAAGGCCAAUGUUUGGGGUGACUUAGAAAAUAAAGGUGUGAAAGUUGACUUCAGCACACGGGAGAAACGUAGAGUUAUAUCCUUGAGUGGGGCGAGAAGAGAAGUGCUGAAGGGAGUCACCUUAGUUGAGGAAAUUCUGUCUGGCCUGCAUUAUAGGCGUCUGGUAAUCAGAGAGCCAGGAGCCGAGGCGUAUUUCAAAGAGCGAGAACACUUUUUUGCCGCCAGUGCAAAACAAGACUUUAAGUGUCUAAUCAGACUGGAAGCGCAGUCAGAAGAACAGCAAGAACUCAGCAAUACAGGGAAGCCCUACAGGCAGGUUACCGUAGGUGGAAUUGUAAUAGCAAUUUAUAAAACUGACUUGUGCACUCAUCCCGUUGAUGUUGUGGUCAAUGCAUCUAAUGAAGACUUGAAACACAUCGGUGGCCUUGCUGGAGCACUUUCCAAAGCAGCUGGUCCAGAGCUGCAACAGGAGUGUGACAAGCUGGUGAGUAAGAACAGGGUUUUGCAGCCUGGGCGCGCAGUCAUCACAGGCGCUGGGAACCUUCCCUGCAAGAACGUCAUCCAUGCUGUUGGGCCCAGGUGGAAGAAGGAUGAAGCAGAGAAAUGCGUGGUCUUGUUAAGACAGACAGUGGAGGAAAGUCUACGACUAGCCAAAAAAUACAAUCACCGUUCUGUAGCUCUGCCUGCUAUAAGUGGAGGGAUUUUUGGCUUCCCACUGGAACUGUGUACGUAUUCGAUUGUGUCCUCCAUCAAGGAGACGCUGGAAAGAUCCAUGGAGGACAGCAGCUUGAAGGAGGUUCAUCUUGUGGAUAUUGCACAGGAUCAUGUUCAGGCUUUCAGCAAGGCACUGAAAGAAUUGUUUCCAGAUUCUUCACCUUCCUCCUCAGCGCUGCAUCAGACCAGUACAGUUCAGCCUAGGAAAACAAAAUCUGAGAACAGCCAGAACUUCCCAGUGGUAACAACUAAGGAAGGCUUGGACAUCAUGCUGGAAACAGGAAGCAUUGAAGAUGCUACAACGGACAUCGUUGUCAUCAGUGUUUCUAAAGAUCUCCAGCUUGAAAACGGGCCGCUCGCUAAAGCUUUGCUAAGCAAGGCAGGGCCAAUGCUUCAGACGGGCUUAAAAGAAGUAGGCCAAGGAAGAACACCUGAGGACGGAACUGUGUUGAAAACAAAAGGUUACAAUCUCGGUUGCAGUUUUGUGCUUCAUGCCAUCGUACCUACGUGGUCCAAGAGACAGACGUCUCAAAAGGUCUUGGGCAACGUCAUCACAAAAUGCCUGGAGAUUGCUGAGGAACUGUCUUUAAAGUCAAUUACCUUCCCAGCAAUUGGAACAGGAAAUUUAGGAUUCCCAAGGUCUGUUGUUGCUAAAUUGCUGUUUGACAAGGUGUUUGAAUUCAGUAGUAAGAAUGGCGUAAAAUCUCUUGGGGAAGUUCACAUUCUGUUGCAUCCAAAAGACACAACUAAUAUUCAGGAAUUUUCCGAUGAACUUGAGAACGUGUGUGGAAAUACUGUAGAUGCUGAAGGGCAGAAGACUUCUACAAUUAAGGCUAGCCAAGGCACAGCUUCCCCUCGUAUCUCUUCAGCCUCAGAACAGAAUGUCUAUGAAAUGACGAUUGGCUCCAUUGUGUUCCGUGUGGCAGAAGGCGAUAUUACCAAGGAACGGGCAGAUGUCAUUGUAAACGUAACAAACCAAAGUUUUAACCUCAAAAGAGGUGUCUCUAAAGCAAUUCUGGAUGGUGCUGGAAAAGCUGUUGAAGAUGAAUGUGCUCAACUAGGCUCACAAUCGAACAAGAACUAUAUCACCACCCAAGCAGGAAGCCUGCCAUGCAAAAAAAUAAUUCAUUUUGUUGCCCAAGAGGAUAUCAAGGCACUAGUCUCCAAAGUGCUUGAGGAGUGUGAAUCACAGCAGUACACCUCUGUCACCUUCCCAGCAAUUGGAACAGGUGAGGCCGGUCGUGAUCCGGCUAUGGUAGCUGACAGCAUGACAGAUGCCAUAACUGACUUUGCAAGAGCAAAUUCUGCUCCGUCGGUGAAAAUGAUUAAAGUUAUCAUCUUUCAGCCACAUCUGAUGAGUGUGUUCCAUAGAAGCAUGCAAAAAGGAGAAAGCCUUGCUAAAACAUCAGCCAAAUCCUUGUUUUCCAAGUUAAAGUCAUUCUGGCGCCCUGAGAAACCUUCCCCAAAGGUAAAAACCAAAACAGUUUUGAAGAAGAAAGUUGAUGUGGCCGUUGUGCAGAUUUGCGGUGAAAACAAAAAGAAAGUGGAAGAAGCUGAGAGCUGGUUGAAAGCUGCAAUUUUACAGGAACAGUUUCAAAGAGAAAUCACAGAUGACUCUAUCUUACAUUUUGGUGAAGCAGAGAAUGAGGAACUGUACAUGCUACAAGAGAAAUUUAAAAUUGCUCUUCAGUUGGAUAAUAACUCUAUUCGAAUUUCAGGUAUUGAGAAAGAUGUCUGGAUUGCUUAUGCAGCUGUUAAAGAAAUGAUUCACAGGGUAGAAGCUGCUAAACAGGAAGAGAGCAAGGCAGAAUUUUUACAAAACUUCAUUGAGUGGAAAUAUUUUGAGAAUUCGUAUGUGCCCUUCGACAGUCUCACAAAUAUGCACCUGGAAGAUGCUUACCUGGCCAAGCAGAAAGAUAUUUCAGUCACCAUCAACAAGAGAACAUACACAGUGAAUCUAGAAGAUAAAUAUGCUGUGGAUGACCAGGGAAAGCGUCUACCCAUUAUACGGGUUGAUAAAUCUCAAGAUCAAGAGCCAACAGCGCUCCCUUCAGCAUGGGACGAUAUGCAAAACCAGCAAGUCAGAGUAGUGGAACUGAAAGCAGAAGCAACAGAAUACAGAGAUGUGCAGGAUAAGUUUCUGAAGACCUGUCCAUUUUUCAAAAUUGAGAAGAUUGAAAGGAUACAGAACCCGUAUUUAUGGAAGGCCUACCAAAUAAAAAAGUCUGAAAUGGAUAACAAAAAUGUCAACGUAAAUAACGAGAGGCUUCUGUUUCAUGGGACAAGUCAGGAGUCGUUAACUUUAAUUAACACCCAUGGAUUUAACCGGAGCUAUGCUGGAGCACACGCUGCAAACUAUGGAAAUGGAACGUACUUUGCUGUUGAUGCCAGCUAUUCUGCCCAUGACACCUACUCUAGACCAGAUGCGAAUGGGAAGAAGUACAUGUACCUGGCUCGAGUCCUGGUUGGAGAAUGUUCUCAGGGAAAAAGAGGAUUAAUUACUCCAGGAAUAAAAUACGGUGGUAACUCUGUCGAGCUGUAUGAUAGUUGUGCUGAUAAUGUGAAGAACCCAAGCAUGUUUGUCAUCUUUAAUGACAUUCAAGCUUACCCGGAAUACCUUAUCACCUUCAUUAAAUAA